AGUCCACUUUUCGACCAGAAAGUGUUCCUGAAUGUCAAAUUUAAAAACGUCUCCGAACGCGUUUUCCAGUAAUGUAGCGACAAGUUGGCACGUGCAUCAACCACCCGAACCGAACGUCAAUCGAAAACGCAAAAAUUUCGAUCGUUUGGUAAGAUGAUCGAUGUGAAUUCGCCGAUUUACCAACAGGAUGAGACGAACAACAACAUAAGAAUGACGUCGCUGUAUGAUAUUCAGCUGUACUCAGCCGCCCGCAACUAUUAUUACGUGCAGGCCAACAUGCCAAUGCACGAGAUCAUCCCCGGUUUGUUUUUAGGGGCGCACACAUCCGCUGACCGUCACUGUCUCGCGCAGCUCGUCGACAACGACAUACGAUACAUCAUCUGCGUGAGGCAGCAACCGGAGGAGCACUAUGUACGGCCGUAUUUCGACGAACGAGACGACUUCACCUAUCUGACGUUGGAGAUCGAGGAUCGCGCCACCGAAAACAUAAUCCGGUUCUUCCCCCAAGUGAAGAAGUUCAUAGACGAGGGCAUCGCGCGCAACUGCAAGGUUUUGGUGCACGGCAGGUCGGGGAAUUCCCGAAGUGCCACGCUGGUCUUGGCGUACAUUAUGGAAAAGUUCAACCUGAGCAGCGAGGAGGCGUAUAAAUUUGUGAAGGGCAAACGGGCUUCCAUCAGCCCGAAUGAGGGUUUUGUGGCUCAACUGACGGAAUACGAGCCCAUUUACAGGGCGCGUCAGAGCUUGAACGGUGGGGAACCGUCGUCAUGUGACUCGCGCUGCCAAAAGAGGAAAAGGGACACGUUGCACGAGAGUGACGAGUACAAUCUGGUGCAGCCGCCGCCCAGCCCCAGCGCGGAUCACGACUAUGACGACGACGAGAGGGCGGCCACUCUUUUGGACUUCUCUGAUAAUCUAUAUAAGUUACUGUUGAAACGGUAGAAGUUAAGACCAGUAUACGUCGUCGAAACCGUUUUCCAUUGAGGCAUUUUUCCAUAUAAUUCAUCGUAAAAUUAACAGCAAUAGAAGAUAUUUUCAUUUAUUAGAUCUCUAUCAAAUAUCUUACGUUCGUUGGAAAAUCCGCCAAGCAAUUUUGUAAAUAAAUUUUUUUGUUUUAAUUAAUUUAUGUAUAAACUUGCAUCGGUUUUUAUUUUUGACAAAUUAUAUUUUUACACGUUUUGUAUAGAUUUAUAGAGUUUUAUCGAGUGACGGAUUUUGCAACAGCUGUACAUAUCAAGAUUUCACACAGUAGUAAGUUAAAGCUAGUCAAUUUUAUUCGUUUUAAGUGUUAUAAUUUAAGCUCAUCUUCUCAAUUGUUACUGUUAUUUUUAAGUAAGAUACAUAAAAUGUAUUGUUUUAGUUUCUAAAAGUGUAUAUAACAGAAGCAUUUUAUAUAAAAAAAGAAGCCAUUUUGUAGCAAACCAACGUGUCAAAAUGAACUAUUUUUGUACUUUUGUAAUAUUUAUUUCCUAAUUACGAAAUAAAUAGUUUGUUAAGUUAUAA